UUUUGAGUGAUCCGGCAGCACUGACAGCGCCAGCAGGCCAUGAGGGCGAUGGAACCAAAUGCCGGGUCCCAGCCCGGGUAUAUAAGCACGUGCCCCAACGUCCAGCUAUUUUCAUUUCGUUCUGAAACCUACGACUGGUUGGUCAGUAUUCGUUAGCAGCUCCCCGUGGUGAUCGAGCGUAAACUAAAUUCCAGUGGUCUGUGAAAAUUGCGAAUCGAAAAAUAAAUAAAUCAAAAUCAAAUCGAGCGCUAUGUCCCGCAACCAACGGGAUUCGGGAAAGGCCGCCGUAGAUGCCAAGAUCAACGGUAAGCCCCAAACUAACGGUGGUGCCAAGCGUGGUCCCAAGAUACCAAAGGAUAACAGCAAAAAGAAGAAGGCUCCUCCAUCCAAUACCACCCCCACCACCAACCAGACGAACCUGGACAAGCUGGUGAACCAACUGUACGACAAGAACAGCAAGCAGGGCAUGCCCCAGAAGCAGCAGCGCAAGAAGCUCCAGGAGUACCUCAGCGCCCAGGUGCAGGGCACCGACAGCGCCACCAGCAGCAGCAGCGCCAGCGGCUUGGCUCCCAACUCGUUCUCCGAUUCAAGCGCCUCUGAGGAAAGCAGCGAUGAUGAACUGGGUGACAUGACCUCGCCGUCCAGCUCAUCCUCCCUCUCGGCGUCCGACAGCGACGAAAUGUCCGAAUACACCCUGAGCAGCUCCACGCCAGAGGUACCGGCGAUCGCCAAGACCAGCGGAGCACGCGCCGAGCUCAAGCGCCGCAACAAGGAGAAGGAGGCUCUUGCCGCAGAUCCCAACAACAACCGGGCACCGCCAGCCAAGAACAAGAAUGCCGCCGAAGGGCCGGGCCCAGCUUCGAGUAAUCCGCGCAUCCAACGCCGCGUCACCAUGGCCGGGGAUCUGGUGCACACUGAACCAGUGACUGGGGAGACCGGAGCUCUCCACUGCCCGUUGAAGCGCAAGUCUGUGGCCUCCUGCCCGCUGCCGGCCAAGGCCAAGUCCCCGAAUCCAACACAGCCCGCCAAGGCAGCCCCAGAGUCCAAGGCAGCCGGGUCUGCCAAGUCCAAGGCCCCAGUCGUGCCUCGCCUCAAGGAGGAUGCCAAGAACAAGCCGGGUCCUAGUGCCAGAGGCGUCUCUCCAGCCGUGGACAUAGAGAUAACCAGCUGCAUCUCCUUGCCCAGCACGGCGGGCCUUCCAGCCAGUGGCUCAAAGUCGCCGGCCGCCGGAAAGAUCAGUCCCAAGCCGGGCACCUCCGCUAGCGCCAAACCAAGCACCUCUGCCAGUGCCAAGCCGAGCACCUCCAAGUCCAGUGCCAAGUCCAGCAGCGACAAGUCGAACGACGCCGCCGCCAGCGGUCCCACUACCUCGGCUCCUGCCAAAAAGAAGGAAGAAUCGUCGAAGAGCGGCGACAAGGCCAAGUCCAAAGAUUACCAUAAGGUGAACAGCAUUGAGGAGGGACGCCGCAUCCUCCAGUGGAUCCUCAAUCCCGUCCAGCCGGACGAGUUCUUCGGGAGUUUCUGGGAGAAGAACGCCUGCCAGGUGCAGCGCCAGACCCCCAAGUACUUCGCCGAACUGAUCUCGUUCGAGAUGAUCGACGAGAUGCUGAUCCGCCACCACCUGGAGUUCACCACCAACAUCGACGUGACCACGUACAAGGACGGCGUGCGUCAGACCCUAAAUCCCGAGGGCAGGGCCAUGCCGCCGGCCGUUUGGAGCUCCUACGCCGACGGCUGCAGCAUCCGCAUUUUGAAUCCUUCCACAUACCUGGCCGGACUGCGCCAGGUGUGCUCCAUGCUGCAGGAGUUCUUCCACUGCCUGGUCGGGGCCAAUGUCUACUUGACGCCGCCGAACAGCCAGGGAUUCGCUCCCCACUACGACGACAUCGAGGCCUUCGUCCUCCAGGUGGAGGGUCGCAAGCGCUGGCGCCUCUACAUGCCGGUCAAGCCCACCGAUAUGCUGGCCCGCCACUCCUCCGGUAACUUCGACCAGGGCGAGCUGGACGAGCCGAUCUUCGACGAGGUCCUGGAGGCUGGGGAUGUGCUCUACUUCCCGCGCGGCACCGUCCACCAGGCCAUCACCGAGAAGGACCAGCACUCGCUGCACAUCACCCUGAGCGUCUACCAGCAGCAGGCGUACGCCAAUCUCCUGGAGAACCUGAUGCCCAUGGUCCUGAAGAACGCCGUCCAGCAGAAGAUGGCACUGCGCCGCGGCCUGCCGCUCCACACCUGGCAGAAUCUGGGACUCGCCCACGGCGGUUCAGAGGGACGUUCGCGCCUCAACCUUAUCUCCGGAAUCCAGCAGAUGGUGCAGAAGUAUCUGCUGCCGACGGAGGAGCAGAUUGACGCCGCCGUGGACCAGCUGGCCAAGCGGUUCCAGCACGAGGCCUUGCCGCCGACCAUCCUGCCGGAGGAGCGGGUGCGCACGGUGUUCGGAUCGCGCAGCCAGACCGACGCCCAGGGCCAGUGCCUGUGCGACUACGAGAUAACUGAGCAGACCUCCGUCCGGCUGCUCCGCGCCAACAUCCUGCGCCUGGUGGCCGAGGAGGGCAUCCUCCGCCUCUACUACUACGUGGACAACGCCCUGGAGUACUGCAAGUACGACGCCAACUUCAUGGAGAUCGAGCCGACCGAGGCGGCUGCCGUUGAGAUGCUCCUCCACUCCUAUCCGGCGUACAUCAAGGUGGGCCAGCUGCCGCUCCACUCCGGAGAUCGCCGUGUCGAUGUGGCCACGGCUCUGUGGGAGCGAGGCCUCCUGAUGACCGAGAAGCCCUUCAAGUAACUCCCUAUCCCGUUGUGGCUUCGCUGGCUCCGUCGAAUUGGUUGAUCCAACACGGCCGGUAGUCGGUCAGAGAUACGAGAGAGAGAAUGAAGCCAGAAGUCCCAGUCUCCCAGUCCCAGUCUCCCAGUCCCAGGGACGACUUACGUUAUAAGUGUAUUAUUUGGAUGUUAUCCGACUAUUUGUAAUCCUCCAACCAAGCACUCGACCCACAAAACCGUCAUUGUUUUGUGGCUGGUCUAGCAGAGCUGUGGUUCAAUAAAAACUAAUAAUAAUUAA